AUGGAACGAGCUCUGGCACCUUCGUGUGAAGCUUGCACUCGGGCCGUCCUCUCGACUCAUUUUGAAGAUCGAAGUCGCCGGAUUCAAACUUUGCAUAAAGCCAUCCGACGUACUGUUUCGUCGUCGUUAGGGCAUCCUCUCCAAAAGACCGAACGUGAUUUCCGAACGGCCUGUCUGCGUGCUUCCACGGCUGAACUACGUACUCCGCAAAGGACAACAGCGCAUCGAAUUUGGAACUUUCCACUGGUCCGUUACAAAACCUUUCUAAAAAAGUCAGAUUCCACGGCAGCCGGAGGUCCACCGAAGGUAUCUGCCAUUGGGAUUGUUUCUAAUCUUGUUUCAUUUCUUGUAAUGCUCCGUCAUCGAACAUUUAAAAGCUCGUUUGGACUACUUGGCACUUGCUAUGCUCUGACAAACGCAUUCAUUCUGAUAAUUUUUGCUGUAUGGGCUGCUCCGUGGACAAUUUGGUAA